GACAGAGACCACCAUUUAAAAACCUUCAAGUCUGUGGUGCCUGCCAGCAAACUGGUCGACUGGCUUCUGUCACAGGUACAGUGUACACAAACAGGAACACACACACACACACACACACACACACACACACUGGAGUGGCUGCCCAUCAGCGCUCCCCACUGUGUCUAAGAGGUGAAAACAACAAGUCUAAGCAGGUGACAUGCUUGAUUGUGCCUCAUUCUGUUUCCCAGGGUGACUGUUCCACGCGUGAGGAUGCGGUGACGUUGGGGGUCGGACUGUGCAACAAUGGCUUCAUGCACCAUGGUCAGUACAGCACACAUGCGUCACGUGUUACUUGACUGAAUGACAUACAGUACAUCAGGGAUAUUGCGUUACUUUUUUCAUCAGGCUUAUAUUCCCCUGAGCCGAUGGUCGGGGACCGUAACAUCAUUUCAUAGAAUUCAUUUAUGACAACACGUGUUACACAUCAUUGAGUGAUAUACUGUACACACACACACACACACACACACACAAACACCAUGCCACAAUGCAUUUACAACCAUAAUGAGGGAAAUGUGGGUCUGCAAAACUAGGGCAAGGUCCUUAUUUUACCACUUUUGCAUGAAGUUUCUGCUGCUUGGGUUCAAGUGUUUCUCUGACCAGAGUACAUAAUAAUACUUCUUGUUAUUAGAUUCGGUUAUCAAUUAUCUUAUAAUCAAAACAUAACAUUCAACAUUUACCAUUUAAUUCCUCAUACAGUAGAAGGCAGUUGUCAUUCCUGUACAGUUGUUUUCUUAUAAACCAUUAACACCUGGUAAUGCAUUAUGUUUUCUUAACUGUGUCAUACUGUAACUGCCACUUGAAAGGUGUUCCUAUUCACAUUGGGACGAACCCUAACUUCAACUUAUGUCAAAUUCUCACUUAAUCAUGCAUUGAUGAAGUGAAAAUUCAACCAAAGUGGAAGUUAGGACUUGCCAAAUUUAUGCCAGUCAGUCAGUACACGUAGAAGAUUUUCCCACAUCCGUACAAUGGACUCAAGUCAGAUGACCAUAUACCACAAUCAGACCACACUCUGUUGUCAACAUCAACAGUAUUUGCAGUGUUCCCUGAACCCUUGGCAUUUCCACAUUCACAGUCUGCGUGGCAGCAUUGAACAAUGGAACACUCUUAAAGGUCUUCCUUAACCUGGUUAAACCAGACUGAAUAUUCUGCUCACCAGUGAAACAAUAGUGAGUGCAGGGCUCAUUCUGAUUUAACUAGGCUAGACUUUCCCUAGCUUGCUAGCUAUAUCCUUGUGAACUUAGAACGCCCUCAAACCAGCCCAAUCUACUACACGUCCUACACAUAUACACAAACACUUAUAGUAGACACAUAUACACACACACACACAAUCUCACACACACACACUCACACUAAUACAGUAUUGACACACACACACACCCCCGGAUGCCAUCUGCUGGCUAGUUCUCCUUUUCAAGUUCACACGUCUCUUCUCUGCCUGCUGAGUGCAUAGCAUGUCUCUUCUCACCUGACCUCAGCUAUCCCUUCACACACUCCAGCUUUAGUCAGUAUGUCUGUAUUCUUUCUAUCUCCCUCUAUAUUUCUCUCGUAUACAUGCUCUCAGUCCCUGUAUCUUUCUCCUUUCUCUCCUAUCUCUCGCUCUCUCUCUCUCUCGCUCUCCCCCUCGCAGCACUGUACAACAAGCAACACAGUGUUUCUCCUAGAUAUUUAAUCUUAGGCGGGUCGCAAGUGCCCUGCAAAGCUUCAUACAACAUUCAACAUUGUCUACUUUAUGUAAUAGCAGGGGAACACUGCAGUAAGUAACAGAUGCUAUGCAAGGGUUCAGAGCUUUCCUGGGGUAUUCAGUUCCCCAAUUUACUGCACACUCACACUCAUAACAGCAGUCGCCAAUUUCAAUGGCACACCAGUUUAGCGUCAGUGUAAGUGUAUGUGCGUCUCUCACUGUGGAUUGGGAAUGUGUGUGUUGGGAGUUUCUUGACAACUUGAAUAGCUGGUAUUAAAGGUAUUCAAAGGAUUCACAGUCUGACCGAUAGGAAAUGCCCCCUAUGCUUAAUUGUUUUGGCAUAGUGCCAGAUUGUGUGUGUGUGUGUAGCACAGAUCCAUUUGACUGAUUUUGUUCCACUUGGCCGACCAGAUGGUCUCCCAUACAGCUGGGUACCUUUACCCCAGAUACCACUGUUCUUUACAACCCUUCACUCUGACAGAGAGACAGGCAGACAGACAGGUAGACAGACUGACACCUGUCACAGCCACCAUCGGCCGCUGCUGGCUCGAUACAGACACGCACAGGCACACAGACAUGUUACCUGAGUGAAGGGAACAACAGAGCCGAUUGGGGAAGCAAUUUUUCACUAAUUGACGGUACUGUUUCCACUGGCAUUUCCUUGGUAUAGCCUAGGAAAUUAUAUGACACACACACUGCAACUUUAAAGCAAGUCUUUCACCCCAACCUGUUUUGAAUUAGCAGCUGGUCAUUUGACAGUGAAUGAAUGUCCAAGUGGGUGACUAAGGGUGUAUCAUAUAUUGCCCUACUUUUGACCAGUGGUAAUGCACUACAUAGGGAAUAGGAUGCCAUUCCUUUUCAGACGCAGACUUUGCUUAAAGCUGCAGUGACCCACAUUUCUCUUCAGCUCACCACUUAUCUCUUCUCCUUUUCCUUUCUUUCUCACAGUCCUGGAGAAGAGCGAGUUCAAAGACGAGUCGCAGUUCUUCCGUUUCUACGCCGACGAGGAGAUGGAAGGCACGAGCUCCAAGAGCAAGCAGCUGCUGCGCAACGACUUCAAGCUCAUUGAGAACAUCCUGGCCAAGUCCCUGGUGGUGAGCGUGAUUACACACACACAUGAACGUAUACACACACAUACACGCAUGUACACACACAAACACACACACACACGAACACACACACCCACUUACAUGCAUGAACAUUUACAGGACACACACACGCAUGAACGUAAGUAAACACAGGCAUGAACACACACUCACACAUAAAUGAACACAUGCACCUGUGUAUGAUCAUGACAGCACUAGACAUAGUUAUUUGUCAGUAAUUCAUUGCAUGGUUUGUCCGCUGCUGUACCAAUAAGCUACCACGCAGUGUUAUUUAGAGGAAUAGGUUUUUUACUUACCCAGAGGUCUGGGCAUGAUUGGAAACAGCCAUGUCCUGUCCUCCACUCCGCAAGGCCUGUGCGUACGUGUGAUGACGUGAACCACAUCUGGAUGUGGGUACCAGAGAGCAUUUGAAGACGUCUCAUCCCCUGUGUCUGUUGCAGCUCAAAACAUCUCCUCCUUACGCCUUUGAAGACGAGACAGGGCUUUGAAGUCCUUCUGAUCCAACAGCAUAUUAAUGGUCGUUGUCUUUUAGAAAUCGUGUGUGUGUGUGUGUGUGUGUGUGUGUGUGUGUGUGUGUGUGUGUGUGUGUGUGUGUGUGUGUGUGUGUGUGUGUGUGUGUGUGUGUGUGUGUGUGUGUGUGUGUGUGUGUGUGUGUGGAGGUCUCAUAAGAGGCGAGCAUCAGGAAGAACAAUUUUAAACUGAUGAGAUCAGUUGCUUUGAUGGCUCAUCAGAUGGUUUGCUCAUAGUCAAACUGAACAAUCACUAACAUUUAUUCCAUUAAAACGCUGAAAGGCUAAAAUAUAAAUAUAAUCUACAAUAUGUAAGGAAUAUCACGUAUCGACACCCACAAAUGGUCAUGAGUUCGGUUGAAAUGCAUAGGAGGACAUUGUGGAUACUUUUUUUUCUCCUCUGGGGUAAUUUGAAAAAUAUGUUCCUUGAGAGGAACCAUCACGUACAUGCUUCCAUGCGUGAGCUGCAGUUAGACUUGAUUUACCCCCCUACCAUGUGUGAAGAGGCUAAUUAUGAAGCUCUCCAAAGGCCUGCCAGAAAUGUCUCUCUGACCUUUAACCAUCUCACCCUUGAUUGGACAUGUUUGUUGCCAUAAAGUGACCCCCCAAGCACUCUGAAGAAAAGCUGUCUCAUUACUUGAAAAGUAGGGUCCACGGCGGAAAGCAACAUGGCGGUGUCUCUGCGGUGUCUCUCCUCAUAUUCUCUCUCUCCCUCUCCACUCUCUCCCUCCCUCCCUCCCUCCCUCUCACGCUCUCUCCUUCUCACUUUCUCUCUCUCCCUCUCUCUCUUUCUUUUUCUAUAUUUCUUUCUCUAUCUCUUCAUCUAACUUUCUGUCUCUCUCACACUCUUUCUCUCUCUCGAUCCCUUCCUCUCGCGCACUCUGUCUCUCUCUCUCUCUCUCUUGAUCGAUGCAUCAACACUGCGCGACUCUCCGCCGUGACAUUCACCAACAGGUGCUAGAAGAAUGAGAGUAAAGGUCGAACCCCCCUCAGAAAAGGGCGGGAAACUGGGAGCUACAUCGAGCUACAUUGUGUCCAGCUAACAUAAGAGCAUUAGCUUUCUCUAGCGUUUCUUUAGGAGAACGAACAAGGAAGUAGACAUUUUUAUUUUGCUCGGAGACGCCCCAUCCCUGAUGAUUAGCUCAAAUGCUAAUCCUUCCCAGUCCCUACAGCCAUGACUGCAGUGAUAGACCGACGCACGCACACACACACACACACACAGCUCCUUGACGCUGCAGAGCCCAUUGUUUAGCCUUUCUCCUUUUAGCAGUCUCCUCAGACGGGCGUUAGCGAUAGCCAUCUUAUCACAACUCUGCAGCAGGAAGAUAACCCCCACCGUGCGAUUGGCGAUGCUCGCGUUAGUGCCCGGUAAUGGAAUAGUCCCAAAUAAAUCCACAUUUGACGUACGCAUUUGACCCAAGUCUAUCAUUGCCAUUGUGUCAUUCGUUUGUCAUUGACCGCGCGGUGAUUGCCUGAGAAAAUAUCUGGAUUUUGUUGGUUCCUUCAUCUUAUGCAGUGGAUUAAUGAAUUAAUCAAUGUCAAUCAAUGCCUUCUAAGCUCCUUGGUUGUAUUGUUUGUUUUUCUCCCCAUAGAUCCACCCUGAGGAAGAAGACUAUGGCUUUGAGAUCGAGGAGAAGAACAAGGCCAUCGUGGUGAAGUCUGUCACCAGGGGCUCUCACGCCGAGGUGAGGAGUCUACACACACACACACACACACACACACACACACACACACACACACACACACAUAGACAACACACACACACUUCUUGUGCUUAUUCCUACUCACUGACAGAGCCCAUUAGUCCCAGUGAUUCAGGCAGUGGUGGUGGUGUCACUCUGCCUGUCCCUCUCCUCAGGGGCUCUAUUCUCAGUGUGGGGAUCAGAUCAGCCGUAUUAGAUUAGACAUGCCUUCUCACAUUCUCCUCAAUGACACCACACGCCACAACACGACAUCCCAGCUCUGUGUGCAUGUGUGCUUACGUGUGUGUAUGUACGCGCCUGCACACGUUUCUAUCUGUCUUUCUGUCUGCAGCCUCAUGGGAGGACAGCCUUCUAUCUCAACUCUCUUUCUCUCCUCUCUUCUGACUCAACUAAUCAGGGUCUUGGUAUAUUGUUGAUUGGUUGAAUCAGAGGAACUAGUGUUGGGAUGGAACAACGACUGGGGAUUCCUGAGGGAAGGGAUUGAGUAACACAGCCUUACUGCACUCCUUCCCUAACUGUCCCUCAGUGUCCCUUACGGUCUCACUCCCCUCCCUCGUUCCCUGCCCACUCUAUCUCACUCCUCCCGCCUUAUGUCCUACAGUUGUACCCUAAACCCUACCUCUCACACUUCCUCUGUGUCCCCUACUCUCUUUCUCCCCUCCCUUGUUCCCUGUCCCCUCCAUCUCACUCCUCAUCCCCCUCUAUCGCCUCGCCUUCUCCGCUCCAGACAGUGGCAGUUUAGUUAGGUCCUGGCUGACACAGAACCUGUGUGUGUGUGUUGUGUGUGCCAGCAUUGUGAAUGAGGCUCAGCUGAUUCACAGGGCCCAGUGAAAAACCCUGGGAGAGCCAGGGACUCCAGGAGGGUCAGGGGGAGAAUACCAAACAUGGACACACACACAUAUACUCAGAGGGCCACUAUGCUUGUCUGUCCCUAAUCUGGUCUGUCCUCCAAAGCCAACACCCCAGGCAACCAAAGCCAAGCGGAUCUGGUCCCUGGGUCCUGGGCUAGCCAGAGAGGAUAUAGAGGCUGCAUUACUCUUCUGACAUGAUCAGAAACAUGCAAGCAACCCAUCACAGUUCAAUAUGCAUUAAUGCCCCGCAAAUGGCGGUCAGAUCUUCCCUUCUUCAUUAGCGUUUUUUAAAUAAUUCAGAUUUUAUUUUAAUGCUUUUCCCAUUAUUUAACCAGGUUUUAUAAGUGAAGUCUGGUCAAAUUGUUCACAAACAAUUUUACAUCUGAAAACAAAAUAGCCACUGAUGUAGCAUGAAAUGAUGAGACAACCUAUGACGCUCCACCGGUGUUGUUUCCUCUCCGUCCUCCCCUCCAGAUGGCGGGGCUGCAGGCAGGCAGGAAGAUUUUCACCAUCAACGAGGACCUGGUGUUCCUCAGGCCCUUCCAGGAGGUGGAGACCAUGAUCAAUCAGGCCUUCUGCAUCCGCCGCUCCCUACGCUUGCUGGUCAACACCAAGGCCAAGGAGUGAGUUACAGUAUAGUAGGACAAGCAUGCACACAUGAACUCACGCGUAUACAGAUGCACACACACUAUUUAAUUUCACACACACGUGCGCUUAACUAGACACACAGGCUCAGGGUUUGGCCAGUCUGAUUCACUCUCUUGUUGAUUUAGGAUUGUGAAGAUUCCAGACACUCCAGAUGCCCUGUCCUUCAAACUCUGUGGCUCCGCCCCACCUCAUGUGCAUGCAGUAAGGAAAGGUGAGUAACAACCGCUUUGAUUGGCGCUCUCUAAAGUUACCUGCCAGCCAUGCACCUGUCAGCUUCAGUUCCCUUUUACUGAGGCUCUGCUUUUUAGGACCACAUGUCCACUAGUGUUCAAAGUUUAAAUCCUAAAAGACGGUGCUCCCACUACACACACAGAACUUAACUUGUCUUUGUUAAUAAAACCACCUGGGCCACAUUCCCCCGGUACGCUGCCUGCUAGGCAGAUGUUUAUAUCAUAUAAAAAGAAGAAGCGAAAGAAGAAGAUUUACCACUGUUGAGUUGUGAGCGAGGGAUUGGUCCAAAUGUGUAAAACAGCUGGAAGAGGAGGUAGGAGAAAAUGGCCGACUCCUUUCUGUAGCAUCCAUGGAGAAGGAGUCAUGACCCGGAGAGUCGCCUCUUUUUUAUUAUGUCUGAGGGAGCUCACACACACUGUGACCUGGCUUCACUCUCUCCGACGCACAAAUGCACACAAACACACACGCACAGGCUGCGGAAUGUGGGGUUCCUACCGGCCCAUAUGAGUUGUCUCUGAAUGAUGUCAGACUCUCCAGGCACUCUCUCUUCUCCUAAAUCAGGGCCCUGCUUGACGGCUGGGAGGGGGUUGCUGCUAAACUGAAGUUAUGGCAUUGCGUGCUUUGUGUGAGGUGGAUGACAUGGAAAGUGAUGCUAGGCCUGGUAUUUUAAAAUGGGACAGGAAGAUCUGUUCUUAAUUUAGUGCACAGCUAAAGUGUUACCAGGAGUUAUUUGAAGACCAAAUUAUUAUACCCAUGUAUGUCUUCAUGUGUGCAUAUCUAUUUAUUUGAGGAUGAUGGCCUUGGAUAGGUCUUCUCUAAUGAACAGAUUCAUAUUUUCAAUGGGAUGUCCUAAUUGAAUAAAGGUUACGUUGAAUAAAAUACAUAUUUACAUGAAGGACUAGAUAAAAAAAAUACUUACAGUAUAUUAUAACAAUUUCUUUGGGGGGGGGGGUGAAUAAAAAACUCUGCAAGUACAGUAUGACAUCAUUGCGGUUACAAUGACAACCCUGAGGCAUAUCUAAAUGUGAUCUCUGACCCUUGUGUGACCCCUUGUGAUUUCAGGGUCAGAGGCGGCGGCAGCGGGCCUCCAGCCAGGUCAGUGUAUCCUGAAGGUGAACGGCAACAGCAUGAACCUCAGCGACUACCAGGAGGUCCUGGAGCACUUCACCACCUCCCACCACGACCAGCAGGAACACCCCGACAUGGUGAGAGACAGUCUGCACCAUCCUGGCACUUCCAUUGGUUUAAUACUGUAUGCGUAAUGUUAGGGAAACAUACAUGUUCGGAGAUGGUGAGAUUCAACCACAAUGGCAUGGCCCAAUCUUUCCCAAUCCUGGUCCUGGGGACCCAAAGGUGUGCAAAUUGUUUUGUUUUUACCUAAGUGGAAAAAGUACCCAACUGUCAUACUUGAGUAAAAGUAAAGCUACCUUAAUAGAAAAUGACUCAAGUAAAAGUCAAUCAGUAAAAUUCUACUUGAGUAAAAGUCUAAAAGUAUUUGGUUUAAAAUAUACUUACAGUGGGGGAAAAAAGUAUUUAGUCAGCCACCAAUUGUGCAGGUUCUCCCACUUAAAAAGAUGAGAGAGACCUGUAAUUUUCAUCAUAGGUACACGUCAACUAUUACAGACAAAUUAAGAAAAAAAAAUCCAGAAAAUCACACUGUAGGAUUUUUAAUGAAUUUAUUUGCAAAUUAUGGUGGAAAAUAAGUAUUUGGUCACCUACAAACAAGCAAGAUUUCUGGCUCUCACAGACCUGUAACUUCUUCUUUAAGAGGCUCCUCUGUCCUCCACUCGUUACCUGUAUUAAUAGCACCUGUUUGAACUUGUUAUCAGUAUAAAAGACACCUGUCCACAACCUCAAACAGUCACACUCCAAACUCCACUAUGGCCAAGACCAAAGAGCUGUCAAAGGACACCAGAAACAAAAUUGUAGACCUGCACCAGGCUGGGAAGACUGAAUCUGCAAUAGGUGAGCAGCUUGGUUUGAAGAAAUCAACUGUGGGAGCAAUUAUUAGGAAAUGGAAGACAUACAAGUCCACUGAUAAUCUCCCUCGAUCUGGGGCUCCAUGCAAGAUCUCACCCCGUGGGGUCAAAAUUAUCACAAGAACGGUGAGCAAAAAUCCCAGAACCACACAGGGGGACCUAGUGAAUGACCUGCAUAGAGCUGGGACCAAAGUAACAAAGCCUACCAUCAGUAACACACUACGCCGCCAGGGACUCAAAUCCUGCAGUUCCAGAUGUGUCCCCCUGCUUAAGCCAGUACAUGUCCAGGCCCGUCUGAAGUUUGCUAGAGUGCAUUUGGAUGAUCCAGAAGAGGAUUGGGAGAAUGUCAUAUGGUCAGAUGAAACCAAAAUAUAACUUUUUGGUAAAAACUCAACUCGUCGUGUUUGGAGGACAAAGAAUGCUGAGUUGCAUCCAAAGAACACCAUACCUACUGUGAAGCAUGGGGGUGGAAACAUCAUGCUUUGGGGCUGUUUUUCUGCAAAGGGACCAGGACGACUGAUCCGUGUAAAGGAAAGAAUGAAUGGGGCCAUGUAUCGUGAGAUUUUGAGUGAAAACCUCCUUCCAUCAGCAAGGGCAUUGAAGAUGAAACGUGGCUGGUUCUUUCAGCAUGACAAUGAUCCCAAACACACUGCCCGGGCAACGAAGGAGUGGCUUCGUAAGAAGCAUUUCAAGGUCCUGGAGUGGCCUAGCCAGUCUCCAGAUCUCAACCCCAUAGAAAAUCUUUGAGGGAGUUGAAAGUCCGUGUUGCCCAGCGACAGCCCCAAAACAUCACUGCUCUAGAGGAGAUCUGCAUGGAGGAAUGGGCCAAAAUAGUGUGUGAAAACCUUGUGAAGACUUAAAGAAAACGUUUGACCUGUGUCAUUGCCAACAAAGGGUAUAUAACAAAGUAUUGAGAAACUUUUGUUAUUGACCAAAUACUUAUUUUCCACCAUAAUUUGCAAAUAAAUUCAUAAAAAAUCCUAAGUAUCAAAAGUAAAUGUAAUUACAAAAAUAUACUUAAGUAUCAAAAGUAAAAGUAAAAGUAUAAAUCAUUUCAAAUUCCUUAUAUUAAGCAAACCAGAUGGCACCAUUUUCUUGUUUUAUAAAUUGACGGAAAGCCAGGGGCACACUUCAACAUUCAGACAUAAUUUACAAACAAAGCAUGUGUGUUUAGUGAGUCCGCCAGAUCAGAGGCAGUAGGGAUGACCAGGGAUGUUCGGUUGAUAAGUGCGUGAAUUGGACUAUUUUCCUGUCCUGCUAAGCAUUCAAAAUGUAAUGAGUACUUUUGGGUGUCAAGGAAAAUGUAUGGAGUAAAAAGUACAAUAUUUUCUUAAGGAAUGUAGUGAAGUAAAAGUAAAAGUUGUCAAAAAUAUAAAUAUUAAAGUUCAGAUAUCCUAAAAAAAUACUUAAUUGGAACUUUUUAAAGUAUUUUUACUUAAGUACUUUACACCACUGGCACUAGCACACCUGAUUCCACUUAUCAAAGGCUUGAUGAUGAGUUGAAUCAAGUGUCUAAGUGUCAGGAUUGGAUUGGAGAAGACUGACAUAGCCUAAUGUGGCAUUAAAAAGAGGCAUUGCUACUUUUCUGCCAGUGUCAAUAUGUUUUUCCAUCAAACUAGUGUGUUCCCUUCUAUAGUGUCACAUGCAAGGUUGUAUUUUUAUUUGUUGUGUCACAACUAGGGUUCUUCCUCAUCCUCAAUUUAAGUAUUCUACCAUUUACAGUGAACUGCCAGUAGACCUCCUUUCCCCCCUUGUUUUUAUUUUCCUACUGUGUCAAAUUCUGUAUUUUGGCUUUAUCCAGCUUGGGACCCUGCAGGAUGUACUGUGGUGCUUUUUUAUUAGGUGAUGUGUUGAUAUUUACUCUCACUCCCCUCCUCCUGUCCAAUUCCCUGCUCUGUUGAUGUUUACCAUGGAUUUCCUUGUCCAAUCCCCUCAGCUCUUGCCCAGUCAAGUCUCCUCAGAGCUGCUCUGUUUGGACCAUGUCUUAACGUCUCUGUUUGUUCAUUCACACAGCUGGUUGAUUGCCAGUGUGUUUCCUGUACCAGUGCCAUGUUCCAUGAGAAAAUAUGCAUAUACAGUAUGGGGGAAAAGUAUUUGAUCCCCUGCUGAUUUUGUAUGUUUGCCCACUGACAAAGAAAUGAUCAGUCUAUAAUUUUAAUGGUAGGUUUAUUUGAACCGUGAGAGACAGAAUAACAACAAAAAAAUCCAGAAAAACGCAUGUCAAAAAUGUUAUAAAUUGAUUUGCAUUUUAAUGAGGGAAAUAAGUAUUUGACCCCUCUGCAAAACAUGACUUAGUACUUGGUGGCAAAACCCUUGUUGGCAAUCACAGAGGUCAGACAUUUCUUGUAGUUGGCCACCAGGUUUGCACACAUCUCAGGAGGGAUUUUGUCCCACUCCUCUUUGCAGAUCUUAUCCAAGUCAUUAAGGUUUCGAGGCUGACGUUUGGCAACUCGAACCUUCAGCUCCCUCCACAGAUUUUCUAUGGGAUUAAGGUCUGGAGACUGGCUAGGCCACUCCAGGACCUUAAUGUGCUUCUUCUUGAGCCACUCCUUUGUUGCCUUGGCCGUGUGUUUUGGGUCAUUGUCAUGCUGGAAUACCCAUUCACGACCCAUUUUCAAUGCCCUGGCAUAGGGAAGGAGGUUCUCACCCAAUAUUUGACGGUACAUGGCCCCGUCCAUUGUCCCUUUGAUGCGGUGAAGUUGUCCUGUCCCCUUAGCAGAAAAACACCCCCAAAGCAUAAUGUUUCCACCUCCAUGUUUGACGGUGGGGUUGGUGUUCUUGGGGUCAUAGGCAGCAUUCCUCCUCCUCCAAACACGGCGAGUUGAGUUGAUGCCAAAGAGCUCGAUUUUGGUCUCAUCUGACCACAACACUUUCACCCAGUUCUCCUCUGAAUCAUUCAGAUGUUCAAUGGCAAACUUCAGACGGGCAUGUAUAUGUGCUUUCUUGAGCAGGGGACCUUGUGGGCGCUGCAGGAUUUCAGUCCUUCACGGCGUAGUCUGUUACCAAUUGUUUUCUUGGUGACUAUGGUCCCAGCUGCCUUGAGAUCAUUGACAAGAUCCUCCCGUGUAGUUCUGGGCUGAUUCCUCACCGUUCUCAUGAUCAUUGCAACUCCACGAGGUGAGAUCUUGCAUGGAGCCCCAGGCCGAGAGAGAUUGACAGUUCUUUUGUUUUUCUUCCAUUUGCGAAUAAUCGCACCAACUGUUGUCACCUUCUCACCAAGCUGCUUGGCGAUGGUCUUGUAGCCCAUUCCAGCCUUGUGUAGGUCUACAAUCUUGUCCCUGACAUCCUUGGAGAGCUCUUUGGUCUUGGCCAUGGUGGAGAGUUUGGAAUCUGAUUGAUUGAUUGCUUCUGUGGACAGGUGUAUUUUAUACAGGUAAUAAACUGAGAUUAGGAGCACUCCCUUUAAGAGUGUGCUCCUAAUCUCAGCUCGUUACCUGUAUAAAAGACACCUGGGAGCCAGAAAUCUUCCUGAUUGAGAGGGGGUCAAAUACUUAUUUCCCUCAUUAAAAUGCAAAUCAAUUUAUAACAUUUUUGACAUGCGUUUUUCUGGAUUUUUUUGUUGUUAUUCUGUCUCUCACGGUUCAAAUAAACCUACCAUUAAAAUUAUAGACUGAUCAUUUCUUUGUCAGUGGGCAAACGUACAAAAUCAGCAGGGGAUGAAAUACUUUUUUCCCUUCAGAAAGUAUUCAUACCCCUUGACUUAUUCCACAUUUUGUUGUUACAGCCUGAAUUCAAAAUUGAUUAAAUAUUUGUUUUUUCUCACCCAUCUACACACAAUACCCCAUAAUGGGAAAGUGAAAACAUAUAUUUCUUUGAAAUUUUAGCACAUUUAUUGAAAAUGAAAUAAGAAUGAUCCAAUUUACAUAAGUAUUCGCACACCUUUGCUAUGACACUCCAAAUUGAGCUCAGGUGCAUCCAAUUUCCUUUGAUCAUCCUUGAGAUGUCACGACAACUUUAUUGGAGUCCACCUGUGGCCAAUUUAAUUGUUUGGACAUGAUUUAGAAAGAAGCACACCUGUCUUUAUAAGGUCCCACAGUUGAUAGUGCAUGUAAGAGCAGAAACUAUACCAUGAAGUCCAAGGAACUGUCCGUAGAGCUCCAAGGUAGAAUUGGGAUGAGGCAUCUAUCUGGGGAAGAGUAUAAAACAAUUUCUAGAGUGUUAAAAGUUUCCAAGAGCACAGUGGUCUCCAUCAUUGUGAAAUUGAAAAAAUAUGGCACUACGCAGACACUGCCUAGAGCUGGCUGUCCGACCAAACUGAGCAACCGGGCAAUAAGUACCUUGGUCAGGGAGGUGACCAAGAACCCUAUGACCACUCUGACAGAACUACAGCGUUCCUUGGCUGAGAUGGGAGAACCUUUCAGAAGGACAUCAAUCUCUACAGCACUUCACCAAUCUGGGCUUUAUGGGAGAGUGGCCAGACUGAAGCCACUCCAGAGAAAAAGGUACAUGACAGCACGCCUGGAUUUAGCAAAAAUGCAAGUGAAAUAUUCUGAGAGCAUAAGCAAAAGAUUCUGUGGUCUGAUGAGACAAAAUGUUAACUCUUUGGCCUGAAUGCAAAGCGCUAUGUCUGGAGAAAACCAGGCCCAGCUCAUCACCAGUCUAACCCCAUCCCUACCGUGAAGCAUGGUGGUGGCAGCAUCAUGCUAUGGGGAUGCUUUUCAGCGGCAGGGACUGGGAGACUGGUAAGGAUAGAGAGAACAAUGAAUAGUGGAGCCAAAUACAGGCAAAUCCUUGAUAAGAACCUGCUUCAGAGUGCAAACGACCUUAGACUGGGGGCGAAGAUUUACGUUCCAACAGGACCCCAAGCAUACAGCCAAAGCAAGCUGGGAUGGCUUCAGAACAAGAAUGUGGAAGUCCUUGAGUGGCCCAGCCAAAGCCCAGACUUGAAUCCCAUUGAAAAUCCGUGGAAAGACUUGAAGAUUGCUGUUCACUGCCACUCCCCAUCUAACUUAACAGAGCUUCAGAAAAUCUGCAAGGAAGAAUGGGAGAAAAUCCCCAAAUCUAGAUGUGCAAAGCUGAUACAGACAUACCCAAGACGACUCAAAGCUGUAUUCGCCGCCAAAUGUGCUUCUACAAAGUAUUGACUCGGGUGUGAAUACUUAUGUAAACUGUAUGAUGGCAUGUACAGAAACACACACCAAUGUUUGACUCCAGUGUGUCCCUCCCUGUGUCCUAUAAGUGUCAGUGGGUGUAUCGGGCAUUUGAGGAUGUUGAGGAGGACAGGGGGUCGUUCAGGGCCUGCCCAGCAGAGAACGGCUCUGAUACAGAGGAGGAGAAUGCCAGGAAUGGAACAGGUACUGUAGUGUGCACUACCUCACUGUGUGUUUGUGUGUUCAUAUGUGUGGGUUUGUCUCUGUCCAUCUAUCCAACAACAGGUGUGUACUCAAGUGUCCUCUAUUUUGUGUCUCAUCCAGACUAUAGCCUGAGCAGGCUGUCCGUGUCUGAUGACUCUGUGCCUCUGGUGAGCAUGAUGGUUGACAACGUGCACCUGGAGCAUGGCGUGGUGUACGAGUACGUCAGCACGGCCGGCAUCAAGAGCCACGUCCUGGAGAAGAUGGUGGAGCCCAAGGGCUGCUUCAGCCUCACCGCCAAAGUACAGUACAUGUCUGUUGUUGUUAGCAUUAGCAUGCUAACACUGCUCUUAGCAUUAGCAUGCUAGCAGCAGUGUGUGGUUUACUGCUGGAGCAGGUUGGCCACAAUGCAUGUCUAUUGUUGUUGUAUUCUCCUAGCAUUAGUACUAUGGGUUUCAAUUCAUAGCCACAGCCACGACUCGUUAACAUUAGCAUUUAUGACAGAAAACAAUGGGAGUGAAUGCUUCCCAGGUUACAUGCUGUUCAAUUCCUGCAUAAAUCACUUCAAAUAACUUGAACUUGAAGACGUGAAUCCAAAGUGACUUAAACAUUAGUUUUCACCUGUCAGAUCCUGGAGGCCUUUGCUGGUGACGACAGCCAUUUUGUGCGCAACUGCAGCCAGCUGAUCUCACAGAGCGACCGCGUGGUGUCGAUGCCUCAGUUUGAGUUUAGGAACAUCUGUGACACCAAGCUGGAGAGCAUCCGCCGACGAAUCAGCAGCUACCAGCAGGUACAGGAACUACAGGAUCCCUCUGUCUCUCAUAGCCCCUUAUGUAGUGCAAGAAGAGCUACAAACACCGACUGCUUGUCGCUUUCUUCAACUGUUUUGUAAAUGCACACUCAGACUCUCUCCCAAUCUUCCUCAAGCAUAUGCACACACACAAACCCCCCCACUUCAGUAAUUCAGUAGCUAUCGAAAGGUAAUACACCCCACUCACACUCACAUUCAAACACACAACACACACAUAUCAGCAGUGAGUAUUGAACCAUCAUUAUGUUAUAGCGGUGAAGGUACCAUUUUCAUUCUUCUGUUUUCAGUUUGCCCAGGAGCUGAGGAACAAGGCAUGUCCCACGUUCAAGCAGGCGGGUGUGCGGCCUCACCCACUGGGCUGCAUGGACUUUGUGCCCACCAACUGCCACGUCAACCUGAUGCAGGUGUCUUACCCCAAGACCACCACGGCGACUGGCAGGGCCUUCAGCAUCCGCUUUGGACGCAAAAACUCCUUCUUCGGCCUGGACCCCGACCAAGGUGGGGCGAGCAGACGUGCCUGUGUGUGCAUGUAGACACAUGGACUCAUAAGAUGCACGAGCAUGCACACGCAUGCAUGAACUGACACACGCUUAUACCUUUUUGCUUACAUAUUGAAAAGUACAGCACGCAAAUACGACAAUAGAGACCAGUUGGAGAGUCGUAUCAAUGCCUAAGUCUAAUCACAGUUGAGUUUUGCCAACAAUGGCCAAUAUCCCCUUAACAACAUUACACAGCUAGCCUAUUAGCCACUUUAAAGCUUCAAACAAAUAGAUAAUUUAAACUAAUUACCCUCUUUGACCAAUUAAAUCCCACUGUAUAAAUGACUUUGAGCUCUCGUGAUGAACCAAACCUCGUUAGCCUUUAGCCGCAUAUAGUGACAAUUCCCACAGUAAAUUAGCACUAAUGUGGUUGUAAUCCCACCACUAAUCGUCUCCAUCGGUCGCCCAUUAAAAACUUCUAUUAGCCUCAGGCGACCCUCCUUCCACCCCCCAAGCCGUCACAUGUAACCAUCUUCUCUGUGGGUGAUGAUUGAUGUCAUCGAAGUGGGCCCUCCAAGGCACCAAGGGUGGGAUAUUCUCUAGAGAGUAAGAGGGAGAUGAGGAAAUGGGAAGAAGGUGAUCAUUAGAUUACUUUACUGUAGAGGUUGUUCGGUGCAGGGGCAAAGAGAGAGCUUAACAGGUGUAGCCCUUGGCCCAUCCACAGAAUUAAAUAGAACAUUAUACACAGAGUAUACAAAACAUUAAGAACACCUGCUCUUUCCAUGACAUAGACUGACCAGGUGAAUCCAGGUGAAAGCUAUGAUCCAUUAUUGAUGUCACUUGUUAAAUCCACUUCAUUCAGUGUAGAUGAAGGGGAGGAGACAGGAUAAAGAAGGAUUUUUAAGCCUAGAGACAAUUGAGACAUUGAUUGUGUAGGUGUGCCAUUCAGAGGUUGAAUGGGCAGGACAAAAGAUUUAAGUGCCUUUGAACGGGGUAUGGUAGUAGGUUCCAGGUGCACCGGUUUGUGUCAAGAACUGCAACACUGCUGGGUUUUUCAUGUUCAACAGGUUCCCGUGUGUAUCAAGAAUGGUCCACCACCCAAAGGACAUCCAGCCAACUUGACACAACUGUGGGAAGCAUUGGAGUCAACAUGGGCCAGCAUCCCUGUGGAACGCUUUCGACACCUUGUAGAGUCCAUGCCCCGACGAAUUGAGGCUGUUCUGAGGGCAAAAGGGGGAGGUGCAACUCAAUAUUAGGAAGGUGUUCCUAAUGUUUGGUAUACUCAGUGUAUAUGUAUCGCUAUGGGCCCAUCUGGUCCUCCUGUCUGUGUUUUGUCAGUCUCUCUGGUGUCAGUAGCCUGCCGUUUGGCCUGCCGCCGCGCAGACAGCCAGGGGAAGACAGGGGAGGAAGCUGCAACAGACAGCCAGCCAUCUGAGAUAACCGUUAGCAUUGUUUCAACCUGCCUCCCUCCUCUGUCUCUCGCAGCAUGAUUUGACAUCUACUCUACAGUUGUGCCUCGCCAAGACAUUGGCAAUUCCCCCAGCAACCAAGUGUAAAGUUUCUUUACCAGGCUAAACAAUUCCGUUUUUUACGACUCCAAAGUGACUGCUUCAUUGGCUUUGCGGUCAGAAAUGCAUGGAAUUGUGAGGAAUGUUUCCUGAGGUGAUGCAAAAUGUCUGCUUUUUUAGUGCAUUUAGUAGCUUCAUAGAGUUCUCAGGGCUGGAAUGUGCACAAAGUAUAGGAGCUCCUCGACUUAAUCGUAGCCUAUGCUAUUAUGUGCUAACAUUACACCCUCAGGCUCCACGAUCAGGACGUAGAAUUUUGAAUUGGACCACAAUACCAAAUAACAAAAACUAUUUUGUACUGUGUUUUUGUCAUGUUCUAGGCAUUUCUUCAUGACUCGCAAGGCAGUAGAAUGUACAUAGAACAGCGAUAUGUAUAAAGGCCCUUUAUAUAAAAGCACAGUUUGAGUCAAAAUGAUAGGCUGUAUAUUCACAAGAGUGUUAUUGUGUAUGAAGGCUGAACAUCUGGUGUAGAUCUGGGUCUCUGGAAGUGAAAGUUGAUUGUCUCUCCUCGCUCUUUCCCUUUCUUCCCUCCUCUCUAUUUCUACCUCUGCUUUUCUGACAUGAUGUGAAGUACAGCUUCUUUCACUUCCUUUUCUUUACCUCUAUUUAUUUAUCUAUUGAUUUUCUCUCUCCCCACAGCUAACCUGAACCCCAUGUCCCACACCCAGCACUGUGUGACAAGCAUGGGCGCCCCGUCCUACAGCUGCAGCGGUCUGGGAGAGGAGGGGGAGUGGGACAUCGAGGGCUCUGGAGAGGGCACUCCAGACAGGAGGCAGCAGGCCCACCGGGGGAAGGGCCUCAGCUUCCUGCUCAAACAGGAGGACAUGGAGAUCCAGGAUGCAUACAUCCGCCUCUACAGCCGCCUGGACGUCGCUGUCCGAGAGAUGAGGCAGUACGUCACCCAGAUAGACGUGUAAGUACAGAUAUGUGAAAAUCCUCGCUAAGUACCUAUGUCAGGGAUCUCAAACUGGUGGCCCGCGAGCCAGACACGGCCCGCGAACCGAUAUAAUGCGGCCUGAUAUACUGUGUAUAUGAGUAUCAUUGCUAAGUACCUGCGUUGAAGUGUACUAUAACUACUAUAGUUGAAUUUCAUUGUUCAAUCCUGCCGAAUGGCGCAGGUGCUAGCUGUGCCACUAGAGAUCCUGGUUCGAAUCCAGGCUCUGUCGUAGCAGGCCGCGACCGGGAGACCCAUGAGGCGGCGCACAAUUGGCCCAGCGUCGUCCAGGGUAGGGGAGGGAAUGGCCGGCAGGGAUGUAGCUCAGUUGGUAGAGCAUGGCGUUUGCAACACCAUGGUUGUGGGUUCGAUUCCCACAGGGGGCCAGUAUGAAAAAAAUAAAAUAAUAAUAAUAAUGUAUGCACUCACUAACUGUAAGUCGCUCUGGAUAAGAGCGUCUCCUAAAUGACUAAAACAUUUUUUUUUAAUGUAAAAUUGUUCAACUUUACCCAAAGUACCCCAAUAGUGUGAGUACCCAAAUAAUACACAUGUAGGAACCCACAAAGACAUGAGUCAUGCGUUCUGUCCGUAUUUCGUCCUCUCAAUUACAAGUAGCGGUUUUAGAAUUGCCCAAUUAUAUAUCACCGUCGUUUAUUUUUAGUUCCUGUAGUCUAUUCGUUUACAUUUUCCUCCAAAGAUCUCUGUUAUUAUUCUGCAUGAAAAUGGAAGGCUGGAUGUCCAAUAUACUAUGAAACCAUUGUCCCCAGGCAGCCUUCCUGAGGCCCACGCCAAACCCCCUUUGUCUGACUGCCCUUUUUGCUUGUUUAACAAUGUGGAUACUUUGAAAACAGGGGAAUUCGUCAGUCCAAAACGGUUUAUGGACUGGGCUAACAGGAACAGGCCGUGAAGCCACAACCCUAUUGAAAGGAGGGAAAACCUUCUCUACUGUGUGUGUAAAAGAUAUGUGCGCGCAUAUAAAAGCAAUAUACAGUAUCUCACAAAAGUGAGUACACCCCUCACAUUUUUGUAAAUAUUUGAGUAUAUCUUUUCAUGUGACAACACUGAAGGAAUGACACUUUGCUACAAUGUAAAGUAAUGAGUGUACAGCUUGUAUAACAGUGUAAAUUUGCUGUCCCCUCAAAAUAACACAACACACAGCCAUUAAUGUCUAAACUGCUGGCAACAAAAGUGAGUACACCCCUAAGUGAAAAUGUCCAAAUUGGGCCCAAAGUGUCAAUAUUUUGUGUGGCCACCAUCAUUUUCCAGCAUUGCCUUAACCCUCUUGGGCAUGGAGUUCACCAGAGCUUCACAGGUUGCCACUGGAGUCCUCUUCCACUCCUCCAUGACAACAUCACGGAGUUGGUGGAUGUUAGAGACCUUGCACUCCUCCACCUUCCGUUUGAGGAUGCCCCACAGAUGCUCAAUAGGGUUUAGGUCUGGAGACAUGCUUGGCCAGUCCAUCACCUUUACCCUCAGCUUCUUUAGCAAGGCAGUGGUCGUCUUGGAGGUGUGUUUGGGGUUGUUAUCAUGUUGGAAUACUGCCCUGUGGCCCAGUCUCCGAAGGGAGGGGAUCAUGCUCUGCUUCAGUAUGUCACAGUACAUGUUGGCAUUCAUGGUUCCCUCAAUGAACUGUAGCUCCCCAGUGCCGGCAGCACUCAUGCAGCCCCAGACCAUGACACUCCCACCACCAUGCUUGACUGUAGGCAAGACACACUUGUCUUUGUACUCCUCACCUGGUUGCUGCCACACACGCUUGACACCAUCUGAACCAAAUAAGUUUAUCUUGGUCUCAUCAGACCACAGGACAUGGAUCCAGUAAUCCAUGUCCUUAGUCUGCUUGUCUUCAGCAAACUGUUUGCGGGCUUUCUUGUGCAUCAUCGUUAGAAGAGGCUUCCUUCUGGGACGACAGCCAUCUUUUUUUUCAGAUCCUCAGAGUUCUUUGCCAUGAGGUGCCAUGUUAAACUUCCAGUGACCAGUAUGAGGGAGUGAUGACACCAAAUUUAACACACCUGCUCCCCAUUCACACCUGAGACCUUGUAACACUAAUGAGUCACAUGACACCGGGGAGGGGAAAUGGCUAAUUGGGACCAAAUUGGACAUUUUCACUUAGGGGUGUACUCACUUUUGUUGCCAGCGGUUUAGACAUUAAUGGCUGUGUUGAGUUAUUUUGAGGGGACAGCAAAUUUACACUGUUAUACAAGCUGUAUACUCAAUACUUUACAUUGUAGCAAAGUGUCAUUUCUUCUGUGUUGUCACAUGAAAAGAUAUACUCAAAUAUUUACAAAAAUGUGAGGGGUGUACUCACUUUUGUGAGAUACUGUAUGUGUGUCCACUUGCAUGUUUGGGCGCACAUGUGUAAAAGACAGAUAAAGGAGUCACAUAAGAAAACCUCUACCCUUACUCUUACUUUUCAUGUGUUUUCCCCUCCUAUGCGAUGGCCGAUAACUGCAGCCUCCUGUCGUCCAUCACGGAGCCCACCCAGCCGCAGGGCAGCGAGCCCCCAGCCUACGAGGCCAGCCAGCCCCCCUCCGUGGCCCCUGAGGAGGGGGACCAGGAAAAAGCUGAGCAUGGGGGCAUCAAGAGGGUCUGCUUCAAGGUGACGGAGGAGGACCAGGAGGACUCAGGCCACGACACCAUGAGCUACAGGGACUCCUACAGGUAAGAUAAGAUGAGAGUUGAGAUAAGAUUAACUUUACAGUCCCCGAAAGGAAAUCUGUCUUGGACAUUUUACAUUGGUGCUUCUUCCCAAUCAAAUGUAUUUUAAUCAAUCAAAUGUAUAUUAUAGAGCCCUUUUUACAUCAGCAGUUGUCACAAAGUGCUUUAAAGAUACCCAGACUAAAACCCCCAAGGGCAAGCAAAGCAGAAGCACAUAAUACAAUACAAAUCACCAUAAUACUAAAAGUAGUGCAAUGGGUUAAAAGGUGGAGGUGGAGGUUACCCGUAACCAUGUUUAGAUAUUUAUUCAUCCACAGUAAAGUUUGAGGUAAGUAUUGGGGGUAGGAUUAUCUGAUUCUAGAUCUGUGGUGGGCAAUUACCUCGUGGGUGAAAGACAGAGGAGAGGUGUCACUCAUCCAAUGUGAACUCCCAACAGGAGCCGUCAUUCCAAUGCCACUCCAUUUCCCUUAGGCACUGAUCUAGGAUCAGCUCACCCUCUACUCUAUUUUGGGCAAAUGAGAAUGUGCUCUCAAUUUCACCAUGGUAAAAUAAAGGGUCAUAGAAAACCUAAGGUACAGUAAAGAAAAUGGGUGUUUCCCAAUUCCGUGAGCCAGCUUCAUGUGAAACCAACAACAAAGAUCUCCCCCUAUUUGUAAUGUUGUUUCUCACUGUGACGGCAUCGGGUUCCCUUCGACUCUCCCAAUAGGUUCCAGAUGUGGGGAGUCGAAUCACAUAAAAUCGGGGAGCUAAACAUGAAAUGUGUCCAGUGGUCUUGGUGAUGUCACUGUGCUACCUCCUCGCCAGCUUGAGUUCAUUCAGAUGGUUGUUGGCAGUGGUGGUAGUGUCAUUCGGGCACCGGUCCACGGUCUCCGCCCACUACCACCCACUAAGGGCAGUGGUCAGCUCCUGGCGAGAGUGCAGUGUGUAAUAGAGGCUAAAUGAGUAGCCUGCGCUUCUCUCUCUCUCUGCCCAGUCUGUCAUUACAACUAGAGCAGCAAGCGCAACUCCUUCUAGCCAACAGCCACCCACAGUACAGGGCCUAGUGAGCUCACUCAGGUUGCAUCCGCAGUGACACCCUAUUCCCUAUACAGUGCACUACUUUUGGCCAGACCCUCAUGGGCUCUGGCCAAAAGAAGUGCACUACACUGAGUGUACAAAACAUUAUGAACUUUUUCCAUGACAUAGACUGACCAGGUGAAUCCAGGUGAAAGCUAUGAUCCCUUAUUGAUGUCACUUGUUAAAUCCACUUUAAUUAAGGGGAGGAGACAGGUUUUUUAAGCCUUGAGACAUGGAUUGUGUAUGUGCCAUUCAGAGGGUGAAUGGGCAAGACAAAAUAUAUGUGUCUUUAAACGGGGUAUGGUAGUAGGUGCCAGGCGCACCGGUUUGAGUGUGUCAAGAACUGCAACGGUGCUGGGUUUUUCAUGCUCAACAGUUUCCUGUUUGUAUCAAGAAUGGUCCACCACCCAAAGGACAUCCAGCCAACUUGACACAACUGUGGGAAGCAUUUGAGUCAAAAUGGAACGCUUUCGACACCUUGUAGAGUCCAUGCCCCGAUGAAUUGAGGUUGCUCUGAGGGCAAAAGGCGUGCAACUCAAUAUUAGGAAGGUGUUCCUAAUGUUCUGUACACUUAGUGUAUAUGAGUCUGUCCAAAAGUAGUGCACUACAUAGGGAAUAGGGUGCUAACCACGUCCCCAGGCUAUCGCGGAAGAGGCUGGCAACAAAAUUAGCAUUUAGCAUGUUAGUAGAAACACAUGGAGAGGGUGCUAUAGGUUUGAUGCUGGAUGGGGUGAGUUGUCCGGUCAUCCAAUGGGAUUUUGGACUGGGCGAGAAACACUUUAUAAAUGCAUAACGUUCAUGAUGAUUGAAGAGAAAGACAUACCGAUAGGUGACAGACCGGCAGACAAACACCAAGAAUGAGGGAUAGGGGAAGGUGACGGUCAACAGCAAAAGACUUCGGGAGAGUCUUGGAGAGGAAAAUAGAGGGAGCGACACCACAGUGAAAGGAGAGGGAGAGGAAUGAGCAAAUGACUGAAAAAAAAAAAAGACUGAAAAAGGAAAGAAAAAUAGUUAAUUGUACACCCACCAGCAGUCUGGUUUGUUUGUCUCUUAGACAGUCUGUCUCGUCACAUCUGGUGAGGGUGGGCCGCUCCAAACCUGCCACGAGAUAAGACUAAAUUUAGAACCCUCUCCCAGGAGAGCUUGUGUGAGCGUGCGUGCGUGCGUGAGUGCCUGAGUGUGAUCGUGUGCUUGGAGCAGAGAAUUGAAGCCAAAGCCCUGGGUGUAUUACGUAAAGGUUGGCACUUCAGUCCCAGCUUGUCGGGAAUGAUCCAGCAUCCCAUUUAUGAGUUCAUUUCGUGCAAUUCUACACAUUUUGCCAUGGGCCAGAGAAAAAAUGUUGCAGUCUUAAAGCAAGUUUGCUGCAAUUCUACAAACGUUUCCAUAGGGUGGAGAUAAAUGUUUGCGGGUUUUAAUUUGAUACACUGCAUGGCCAAAAGUAUGUGGGCACCUGCUCGUUGAACAUCUCAUUCCAAAAUCAUGGGCAAUAAUAUGGAGUUGGUCCCCCCCCCUCUUUGCUGCUAUAACAGCCUCCACUCUUCUGGGAAGGCUUUCCACUAGAUACCUGGCUCGCUGUCGGCAUUUCAAUUCAUCCCAAAGGUGUGCGAUGGGUUUGAGGUCAGGGCUCUGUGCAGGCCAGUCAAGUUCUUCCACACCGAUCUCGACAAACCAUUUCUGUAUGGAUCUUGCUUUGUGCACGGGGGCAUUUUCAUGCUGAAACAGGAAAGGGCCUUCCCCAAACUGUUGCCACAAAGUUGGAAGCUCAGAAUCUUCUAGAAUGUAAUUGUAUGCUGUAGCGUUAAGAUUUCCCUUCACUGAAACUAAGGGGCCUAGCCCGAACCAUGAAAAACAGGCCCAGACCAUUAUUCCUCCUCCACCAAACUUUACAGUUGGUACUAUGCAUUGGGGCAGGUAGCGUUCUCCUGGCAUCCACCAAACCCAGAUUAGUCCGUCGGACUGCCAGAUGGUGAAGCGCGAUUUAUCACUCCAGAGAACACGUUUCCACUGCUCCAGAGUCCAAUGGCGGCGAGCUUUACACUACUUCAGCCAAUGUUUGGCAUUGCGCAUGGUGAUCUUAGGCUUGUGUGCGGUUGCUCGGACAUGAAAACCCAUUUCAUGAAGCUCCAACGAACAGUUAUUGUGCUGACGUUGCUUCCAGAGGCAGUUUGGAACUCGGAAGUGAGUGUUGCAACCGAGGGCAGGCGAUUUUUACAUGCUAUGCGCUUCAGCACUCGGCAGUCCCGUUCUGUGAGCUCGUGUGCUCGAUUUUAUACACGUCAGCAACGGGAGUGGCUGAAAUAGCAGAAUCCACAAAUUUUAUGGGGUUUCCACAUACAGUGCAUUUGGAAGGUAUUCAGACCCCUUCACUUUUUCCACAUUUUGUUACGUUACAGCCUUAUUCUAAAAUGGAUUCAAUAAUUGUUUCCCCUCAUCAACCUACACACAAUACCCCAUAAUGACAAAGUGAAAACAGGUUUUUAGAUAUUUUUGCACAUUUAUAAAAAACAAAAAAGAUCCUUUGCUAUGAGACUCAAAAUUGAGCUUGGGUGCUUCCUGUUUCCAUUGAUCAUCCUUGAGAUGUUUUUAUAACUUGAUUGGAAGUCCACCUGUGGUAAAUUCAAUUGAUUGGACACAAUUCGGAAAGGCACACACCUGUCUAUAUAAGGUCCCACAGUUGACAGUGCAUGUCAGAGCAAAAACCAAGCCAUGAGGUCGAAGGAAUUGUCCUUAGAGCUCCGAGACAGGAUUGUGUCGGCACAGAUCUGGGAAGGGUACCAAAAAAUUUCUGCAGCAUUGAAGGUUCCCAAGAACAUAGUGGCCUCCAUCAUUCUUAAGUGGAAGAAGUUUUGUACCACCAAGACUCUUCCUAGAGCUGGCCGCCCGGCCAAACUGAGCAAUCGGGGGAGAAGGGCCUAGGUCAGGGAUGUGACCAAGAAGCCAAUGGUUACUCUGACAGAGAUCCAGAGUUCCUCUGUGGAGAUGGGAGAACCUUCCAGAAGGACAACCAUCUCUGCAGCAAUCCACCAAUCUGGCCUCCAUGGUAGAGUGGCCAGAGGGAAGCCACUCUUCAGUAAAAGGCACAUGACAGCCCGCUUGGAGUUUGCCAAAAGGCACCUAAAGGACUCUCAGCCCAUGAGAAACAAGAUUCUCUGGUCUGAUGAAACCAAGAUUGAACUCUUUGGCUUGAAGGCCAAGCAUCAUGUCUGGAGAAAACCAGGCACCGCUCAUCACCUGGCCAAUACCAUCCCUACGGUGAAGCAUGGUGGUGGCAGGAUCAUGAGGAUGUUUUUCAGUGACUGGGAGACGAUGGAAAGAUGAACGGAGCAAAGUACAGAGAGAUACUUGAUGAAAACCUGCUCCAGAGCGCUCAGGACCUCAGACUGGGGUGAAGGUUCACCUUCCAACAGGACAACGACCCUAAGCACACAGCCAAGACAAUGCAGGAGUGGCUUCGGGACAAGUCUCUGGAUGCCCUUGAGUGGCCCAGCCAGAGCCCGGACUUGAACCUGAUCGAACAUCUCUGGAGAGACCUGAAAAUAGCUGUGCAGCAAUGCUCACCAUCCAACCUGACAGAGCUUGAGAGGAUCUGCAGUGAAGAAUGGGAGAAACUCUCCAAAUACAGGUGUGCCAAGCUUGUAGCGUCAUACCCAAGAAGACUUGAGGCAGUAAUCGCUGCCAAAGGUGCUUCAACAAAGUACUGAGUAAAUGGUCUGAAUAAUUAUGUAAAUGUGAUUUUUCUAUUUGUAAUACAUUUGCAAAAAUGUCAUUAUGGGGUAUUGUGUGUAGAUUGAUAAGAAAAAUGCAACAAUUUAAUCAAUUUUAGAAUAAGGCUGUACCGUAACAAAGUGGAAAAAGUCAAGGCGUCUGAAUACUUUCCGAAUGCACUGUACUUUUGUAUAUGUAGUGUAUCUUAGUGAGACUAACAAAAUCAAUGGGGGCCUCUCGACCAUGAUUACUAAGUUUAGUUAACUGUCCACUAGACUCUUACAAUCAAAAAAAAUUGCGGACAUGGGCUAAUUGAGUGACUAUCAGUGACUUAAAUACUGUAACAAGAGAAACACAGCCACAUUUCAAAAUUGCACCUUGUGUAUUCAUUAUAUUAUUCUAACUUGCAACAGUAAGUUGAGAUCCCGACUGAGUUCCCCCGAAAAAAUUAGUAUUAUUAGUUUUGUUUUGUGGAAAUUGAUCUGAGGGCCUUCAAAAGGGGGGUGGACCGCGGGUUGCCCAUACCUGCACUAUGCUGGAGUUGAUUCCUGUGGCUUCCAGUUCACAUUGUGGACCAGUUUGUUGCCAAGCUGGAUGAUUAUAGCAAAGCAAAACAAAGCGAUUGUUUUAACGGGAUGACAAUGCUACUUCUGGCUCCUUAAACUCGUAUGAUUCAGCAUUUACAUGAUAAUGCCACGACGCACACAGAAAACAUUCACAAGAGUAGGUGUGUAAUCUGCAAUUUGCACCCAGUAAAUCUUUUCUGCGCUCACACUAAUCAUCUUUUUAAGACCUUCCAUUUGAAAAUAUCCAACGAAGCCAUAAAAAGCCAUCCAAAGGCAUUUUAGGCAAGAUGAGAUGCAUAUCUGGCUAUUAAAAUGCAUUGAAAAUGUAGGGAUAAUUGGAAGAGAAUAAAUCUUGAGCAUUAAUGGGGUAGUUCAGCGAAUGUACAUUUGUUUCCUUACCAUAAGGACAAGGAGUGACAGCAAUCCACACUUUGGUUUUGUUAAACUAGCCACUGACAACAAAUGGAAACAAAUUUCGAAAUAUACUGUAUAUAUUUUUCGAACUAAAAUAAAUAUAUCUUUGGGGUGGUGGAGGCAUCUCCUUUUAAUGUUUGAAUAUCAUUUAGCUUCAACUUACCUGGUAUUUAUUAAUUGAAUUCUUGUUUGGGACAUUGGUGUAGCCACACGUUACGACAGCUCGGUGGAAUGCAUUUUAGUCCCGCCAAUGAAGUAAGUUGAAGCAUUUGAUUACUGCUCAAUCUGACUAUAUAUUUCAUACAGUCAGUCGGAUUAUUUGACUGGAUAAUUACAAGACAGACUCCACAUUUGACUUGGUGUUUUUUCUGUAGGGAAUGAAUGAACUCUGGUUUGUUAUUCAACUGUUUCUGACUCUCUCUCUGUCUCUGUCUGUAUAAACUCCUGUCUGUGUUGCAGUGAAUGUAACAGUAACAGGGAUUCCGUCCUGUCAUACACAAGUGUGCGUAGCAACAGCUCUUACCUGGGGAGUGACGAGAUGGGUUCAGGUAAGAAACAGUUAAUGUAGACUAAGAUGUUCAUACCCCUCUAGCAUUAAGGAUGCAUUGGUUUGCCUUAUGUGGGAAAAUGUUCAGAAUUUAUUUCUUUCUCAGGUGAUGAGCUGCCCUGUGACAUGAGGAUUCCCUCAGACAAGCAGGACAAGCUGCAUGGCUGUCUGGAGCACCUUUUCAACCAGGUGCACCAUCUUUACCACUGUCCUCUGUGCAAUCAGCUUCAAUGGCUUUGCCAACCCACAUCUCACUCUGUUUUUGUAUGCCAUGCCAUGGUUAAUACAGUGUUGUGUGUAUUGUAAACACUGCUCGGCACUAAAAUCAUACACACACAUGCGCGCACAUGCAUACGCGCGCACAUGCAUACACACACACACACUCUUACACAGAUGUUCUCUCUCACACACACAUUAUCUCACACAGACGUUCUCUCUCUCUCACACACACACGUUUUCCAUUAGCCCUCAGAAACAUUUGGCACAGAUCAUGUUGAUAGUAAUCAGUAGUAGUAAUCAUCUGUAGUGCAUUACCUUGUUUUGCAAUCUCUCCUCUCUUUGUCAUCUUCCUUGCAUCUCCUCUUACACAUCUCAUGCCCUUUGACCUCUCCCAUAUUCCCAGAGGGACACUACCAUUUUGGCUCCCGUCGAUUUCCUGGGCCCCAGUUUCCUGUUGUUGUUGUUGUUGAUGUUGAGAGACUGAGGCCAGCCUAUGUGUCUGACUGGUUGUGACUGUCAUCUGCAGGUGGACUCCAUUAAUAGCCUGCUCAAAGGGCCCGUCAUGACCAAGGCCUGCGAGGAAACCAAGCACUUUCACCCCGACCACACUCAGCCAGGUACCCACUACGUUUAGUGUGUGUGAGUGUGUAAGAUAUGUCUGAGUGCAUGUUUGUUUAGAGAGAGAGACAUGUCAGGGUAUCACUGAGAAAUGAGAAUGUGUAUGUGUGAAUAGAUGUGUGUAUAGAUGUGAAAUGGUGUUAUACUGAAGAAUUCUCCUAGCAUUUAUAUUGCUAAUUAAUUGACAAAUUAAUUGACACCCCAUGUUUUCUGAGCAGAGUUCCGCCACACUGAGGACUGGACAGUACGCUGUCGCUACAUCAUCCACAAGAACAUCCAGGAGGACCCUUGGAACCUGCCCAGCUCCAUCAAGACACUGGUGGAGAGCCUACAGAGAUUUGUGGACGGUCAGUAGAAAACACACACACACCAUAAGCACACAUGUAACACAGCCAUCACACACAAUCACAUAGCUACAGCAGAAACACGCGUAUCACUUAAGUAAUAAAAUCCUAAUUUUUCUGUAGAUGGGAAGAACCAGCUGCUUCUGGCCCUGCUCAAAUGUACAGGUAAGCCUUAUGCCAGCCUUAUCUCUGUGUGAGUGUGUCUGCGUGUGUGUUCCUUUGAAGUGUGCCGUGCCAUAUGUCAGUUGUUAAUGGCCCUGUCCUCAUGAAUGAGUCACUGUAAUAGAGCAGAUUGUAAACUCCCUGGCUAUGUUAGAUUAGAGUUUACACACCACUCUGAGGUGGAAGGUUAGAAAGGACUUGGUGUUAUUCAGGUUGAUUAGAUGAGUGAUUGAUUCUCUCAUUCUCUGAGGGGCCAGGCAAAGGCAGUAUUUCUGUCAGUUGUGUUGAUAGUAAGAACGGUUGUCAACUGCCCGUCUCAUGCUCUCUCUUUCCCUCUUUCUUUUACCCUUCCCUCCUCUAUCACUAAUUUUCUUUUUCAAUUACUCCCUUCCUCUUACCGCUCUUCCACUGACCUCUCUCUCACCUCUUUCCAUUAUUCUCCUCUACUCCAUCCCUCUAAUCACUUGGAGAAUUCCCUGUAUAUGGUUUGUAGGUUGCUGAUUUUGUAAAUGUCCUGUAAGAAGUUAGUAAAGCAAAUUUCUGUGAAAAAUAAAAUGCUUAUCUUAUUUCCCCCUCCCCUCCACCCCAGACACGGCUCUGCAGCUGCGGCGGGACGUGAUCUUCUGCCAGAGCGCGGCGGGAGCCGUGUGCACGCUGGCCGAGCAGCUCCUGGCGGCGCUGCGUGCACGCUUCAACAACGCCGGCGAGUACGAGGAGGACAGCAAGGAGACGAGCCGCAAGUGGCUGGAACAGGCGGCCGCCAUCGGCGUGCUGCUCAACUUCCAGUCCUCACUGGCGCCCCAUGUGGUAAGAGACUGUACUGCGGCAAAAAUGUCCCGGCUACUGUAAUGCAGGGCUCUCCAACCCUGUUCCUGGAGAGCUACCGUCUUGUAGGUUUUCGCUUCAACCCUAAUCUAGCGCACCUGGUUCAAAUGAUUAGCUGGUUGAUAAGCUGAAACUGGGGUUGGAGUGAUGACCUACAAGGAACAGGGUUGUAGAGCCCUGCUGCUUAAACAAAGACUUUAAACCUAUACUGACGUGAUUUAUUUGCCUUUCGACAAUCAGCAGACUUGGGUCACAUAGUUGAGUUGCGCUUGAUUAAGUUUAAUCAAUAAUAUGAAACCAUUUCAUUUUUAUUUGACCUUUUUAUUACUCCAUUGAGGUCAAAAUACUAAUUUUUCAAAGAAUAGCUGGCUAGGCAUCUCCAGUAAAAACGGUAAAUACACAUUAAAAACACAAUUCAAAACACCAAUACAGCAAAGUAUCAUCAGCAUAGGAGCACCAAGUAGAAAUGUCAAGCCAUCUAGGAACCAUCAAUAGAGUAGUGUAAUUGCACUGCUCAAAAAAAUAAAGGGAACACUUAAACAACACAAUGUAACUCCAAGUCAAUCCCACUUCUGUGAAAUCAAACUGUCCACUUAGGAAGCAACACUGAUUGACAAUAAAUUUCACAUGCUGUUGUGCAAAUGGAAUAGACAACAGGUGGAAAUUAUAGGCAAUUAGCAAGACACCUCCAAUAAAGAAGGGGUUCUGCAGGUGGUGACCACAGACCACUUCUCAGUUCCUAUGCUUCCUGGCUGAUGUUUUGGUCACUUUUGAAUGCUGGUGGUGCUUUCACUCUAGUGGUAGCAUGACAUGGAGUCUACAACCCACACAAGUGGCUCAGGUAGUGCAGCUCAUCCAGGAUGGAACAUCAAUGCGAGCUGUGGCAAGAAGGUUUGCUGUGUCUGUCAGCGUAGUGUCCAGAGCAUGGAGGCGCUACCAGGAGACAGGCCAGUACAUCAGGAGACGUGGAGGAGGCCGUAAGAGGGCAACAACCCAGCAGCAGGACUGCUACCUCCGCCUUUGUGCAAGGAGGAUCAGGAGGAGCACUGCCAGAGCCCUGCAAAAUGACCUCCAGCAGGCCACAAAUGUGCAUGUGUCUGCUCAAACGGUCAGAAACAGACUCCAUGAGGGUGGUAUGAGGGCCCGACGUCCACAGGUGGGGGUUGUGCUUACAGCCCAACACCAUGCAGGACGUUUGGCAUUUGCCAGAGAACACCAAGAUUGGCAAAUUCGCCACUGGCGCCCUGUUCUCUUCACAGAUGAAAGCAGGUUCACGCUGAGCACAUGUGACAGACGUGACAGAGUCUGGAGACGCCGUGGAGAACGUUCUGCUGCCUGCAACAUCCUCCAGCAUGACCGGUUUGGCGGUGGGUCAGUCAUGGUGUGGGGUGGCAUUUCUUUGGGGGGCCAUAGGUAGCCUGACUGCCAUUAGGUACCGAGAUGAGAUCCUCAGACCCCUUGUGAGACCAUAUGCUGGUGCGGUUGGCCCUGGGUUCCUCCUAAUGCAAGACAAUGCUAGACCUCAUGUGGCUGGAGUGUGUCAGCAGUUCCUGCAAAAGGAAGGCAUUGAUGCUAUGGACUGGCCCGCCCGUUCCCCAGACCUGAAUCCAAUUGAGCACAUCUGGGACAUCAUGUCUCGCUCCAUCCACCAACGCCACGUUGCACCACAGACUGUCCAGGAGUUGGCAGAUGCUUUAGUCCAGGUCUGGGAGGAGAUCCCUCAGGAGACCAUCCGCCAUCUCACCAGGAGCAUGCCCAGGUGUUGUAGGGAGGUCAUACAGGCAUGUGGAGGCCACACACACUACUGAGCCUAAUUUUGACUUGUUUUAAGGACAUUACAUCAAAGUUGGAUCAGCCUGUAGUGUGGUUUUCCACUUUAAUUUUGAGUGUGACUCCAAAUCCAGACCUCCAUGGGUUGAUACAUUUGAUUUCCAUUUAUCAUUUUUGUGUGAUUUUGUUGUCAGCACAUUCAACUAUGUAAAGAAAAAAAGUAUUUAAUAAGAUUAUUUCAUUCAUUCAGAUCUAGGAUGUGUUAUUUUAGUGUUCCCUUAAUUGUUUUGAGCAGUGUAUAAUGGCUCUGUACUGUGCUGAUCCAGAAAGAAGGGUGCCAUUGACUAUCUGAGGCCUCUUUCCACACUCCGCUGUCUCCAUUGACUGCUAAGCUAAAACAGUGAGCCCUGGGCUCAUAGUCACCAAGAGUCUCAGAGUGCUGAUCUAGGAUCAGGUCCCCACUGUCCAUAUAAUCUUAUUCAUUAUAAUCUAAAAGGAAAAACAGAUUCUAGAUCAACACUCCUAAUCUGAGACUCUUUGUGAAUACGCUCCCUGGCCUGUUAGCUGAGCUUUGUCUUCUCUCUACUGUGUAGAAGGAGGAGAGGACGAUGCUGGAGGAUACCAAGGCGGCCCUGUUGGACCUGGACAAAGUCACUGUGUUCUUCCGCCAGCUGGAGGAUGAAUGCCUGGUUGCAAGUAAGUAGACCCUUUCCCAUAGCAACCACAUAUUUUCUUAGCAACGGUGGCCAGUCGAGGGAGUUGUAAGUGGUGUUUACGUGUGGUGGUUCGACACACACCUUGGAUGUCAACCACAACAAAGGGCUUUGUUACUGUAGACCCAGAGUUUUCCCCCUGUCAUAGAAUUGCAGCUUCAUUUCAAUGAAACACCUCUGUGAAACCCAGCUUCGCUGAAAGACCAGUCUGUUCCUUUUCACGACCCGCAAUAUGGUGAGCUUAGAUUGCUGCUUUAAGCAAGCACAUCAGAUGCAUUUUGCAUUUUGGGGGAGAAAGCCAUGGAUAAAACGGGGAUGUACUAUUCUAGGUUACUGCUAAGCAGUAAGCAUAUCAGUGUAUACACACACACACACACACACCUUCCUCCCUCCUUUAAAAACCUUUUUACUCUGAAAUUGCUUUUUGGAAAACAUGCCCACUUCAGCAGGAUGGCGUGGCCUAGCUAACUACUGUAGAGCAGUGCAGGCAGACAGUCUGUUCGUGGCUGCAAGCUCGUCUGACGGUAUUGAUUUGAAAAAUGCCCGUUCAGCAAGCCCCCCUGUACUAUAGUUUCAUUAGAGCCAUGUGUAAGCAUUAUGGAGAUGAAAGGUUGGGUGAAGGGUUAGUCUAAAACAUCACACUCAAUCCAAAAGGAUUAUGGGUGGAUGGUCUUCAGAAGGCGGUCCGCUGACCUCACAGGGGUUGUGUUGUUCCUAGGGUUUCCCCCAUAGCUUUGGAUGGUGUUAGGCGGGCCACUGAAGCAAGAAUCCAUACCAAUUAUGCCUAUGUCUGAUAACUACAAACCCAUCAAAUUAAAUAUGUAAUGGAUCGGUGGAUGUUGCAGAAUAUAGAACACUGAAUACUAAUGUUGUAUUUGUGUAACAUGAUAAAUGCAACAUUCUGAUCGCUAUUAUCUCUAAGUAAACAGUCACAGUGCUCCAGUGUGUACUGUCACCUCAUGCCUAAGUGAAGGGAAAGGCAACCAGGGACCGUAUUUAUCAAGCAUCUCAGAGUAGAAGUGCUGAUCUAGGAUCAGGUCCUCCCUGUCCAUAAUAAUCUGAUUAUAUUAUGAGCUAAAGGGCCAAACUGAUCAGCACUGACUCUUAUACGAUUAAUAAAUACAGGCACAGAACUCUAUGAACUCUUCUAACAUUAACCCAAACUAAGCAGUGGUGUGUGUGUAUGUUGUGAUCCCCAGACACGCCGGUGUGUUACCACGUGGAGGGCAGCCGGCAGGCCCUAAAGGUCACCCUGUAUCUGGACAGCUGCCACUUCAGUGAGCUCCCCACGCGCUUGCAGAACGGGGGCAGCCUCAAACUGCACACUGUGCUCUUCACCAGGGGUGAGUAGGAACAGAACAGCCCUCUAGUCUACCUCCUCCACACAAAGUUAGAGUUAGACUUGACUCGACUCAAUUGAGUCGAGUCAAGUCAAAUCAUCACCAAAUCAAAGUUGGCUUAAUUUAAUUGUCGAAUCGUCAUCGAAUCAUCAUUGAAUCAAAAUUAGCUGAAUUAAUUUGAGUCCAGUCAGAUUGUCAUCAAAUCCUAAUUGAAUCACAGUUUGCUGAAUUGAAUUGAAUUGAAUUGAAUUGAAUUGAAUUGAAUUGAGUCAAGUCAAAUCAAAUGGCAUUGGAUUGAAUUUGAAAUGCACUAAGGAAAUGUUCCGGAAAUAUGUUGCAGGUUCACAAAUACACAGAUCUUCACAAUGCAGAGGCUAUCAAUUUGCUAUAAUCUUGACUAUGCACACAGUGUUGCAGAUACAGUAGAAACGAGAUGUAUAGAACAAUUUCUUCAUAUUCACCUGUAACAUCCUGUAACAGCCUGGAGAAGUCAUGCCAACCUCUGUCUACACUAUGAUCAUGGGAACGUCCCAAAUGGCCCCCUAUUUAGUGCACAAAAGUAAUCUACUGUAUAGGGAAUAGGGGGCUAUUUGGGAUGUGGCCCAUAUCUAUAAUAAUCAACAGUACAUCAACAGAGGGCAUUGAAUCAGUAUCUCUUAAUCCCUUUCUCUUAACUGAUUAGCUGCUAAAUGUUCUAGUGAAAAUGCCAGCGUGAAAGUGACUAUAGAGUUUCACAAACAAAAUACUAAUUCUAGAGUAUUUGUUAUAUAAUUACCAUUUACAUUGUCAUAACUACCAUUUGAAUAACGGACUGUGAAGUAUAACCUGGGCCUAUCUAGCCACUCCCUCUCUAUUCUUUCACUGCAACGCCCUUUCGACCUGCACUGGGUCAGUAUAAAUGGCUGGAAUUAUGCUAGGGAACCAUUCAUUUUCCAUACACAUGUGCCAAUUGGGACAAUAACCCUGUAGGGAGGCUCCCAUUGUUAAGUGGCCGCUUCAAAGAAGAAGCCUGUGAUGUAAUAUAACACUGUACUGCAGUCAGAGACCCAGAGAAAUAGGAAUAAACUGGCUGUUACCGCCACCUACAGGCUGCUUCUAUGGAAUACAGUUGUUUAAUUAAAUACAGAUUCACAAAUACAGACGUUAGUAGAGCUGUCACUUUAAGAUAAGUAUUAGCAAUGUGUAGGUCACAGUGUAGUUAAUUGUCCCACAUACAUUCUAUGACCUGUGCUCAGCAGGUUUGUGUGUGUGUGUACUGUAUUGUUAAUGUGUUAUCUCUGUCCCUGGGUCAGCCCUGGAGAGGCCAGAGGGAGUGUCCCAACAGGACUGUGUGUCCAUGGAAGAGUUCCAGCAGCGCACCAACGCCAUCUCACUGGAGAGGGUUAAAGCCUACUACCGAAAACUCAGGUAGCAAUUUACACACUUUAUACACAGUCAUAUCCAUUAUACUACCCACUUACAUAGUCAAAGCCUACUACUGAAAACCCAGGUAGACACCUACACACCUGAUAUAUAGUAGUAUGUAUUGAACUACCCACCACUGUAUUGAACUACCCACCACUGUAUUGUAAUACCCACACAGUUUAUUCCUAUGCUGAUUAGUUUGGCUAAAUAGAGUAAAUAGAAUAUCAACAUGUCAAUUAAUUGGUCAAUAGCGUUCAUAUUGAAUGAUAACCCAUUGUGUUCUAACAGGGCUUUUUACCUGGAGAAGUCAAAUCUACCCACUGACUCUAACACCACGGCUAUGAAGAUAGACCAGGUAAACAGAAAUCAAAAUGACUCUCUGUUUACAAACAAGCUCAGGGGCAGUACUUUUGACCGGAAAGGAAAGUUGGAGUUCACCUUUAAGAUGUUAACCCCUAAACCCCUGUCUUGUCCCCCUUCUCCCCCCUCCCAGCUCCUACGACCCCUCAACACCCUGGACGACCUGUGUCGCCUGAUGCACACGUACCUGAACGUGCGUCCCAACGUAGCGGGCCACCCGUCGGGUGUCAGCUUGCUGUGUGUGUCCUCGGAGCUGUGCAACCGCCUGGGUGCCUGCCACAUUACAAUGUGUGCCACCGGCAUGCAAAGGUCAGUCGUAUGACCUUGAAAGUGAUGCAAUAGUGCUGACAGUUUGUGUCAGCUUGAGCAAACACUCAUGAAUAUCUAUGUAUUGCUAUGUCAGGUGUAGUGCUUAGACAUGCAUAAUGCAAUGUAUGCCUUACCCACUUUAAAACGGUGUAUUUUCAACCCUUUCUCCUAUUAGCCACCACACAGCAGCCUUUACAUAACACUGUACUCUCAUAACACAGUCAAAUCACCUUUGACCUCCUAACCUCUGACCUUUGUAUUGAGUAGGUGCACCCUGAGCGUGACCCUGGAGCAGGCUAUGAUCCUGGCGCGGAACCACGGCCUCAUGCCCCGCUGCAUCAUGCAGACCAUGGACAUCAUGCGCAAACAGGUGCUCUAACCACACCCUUCACCGCUUUACACCUUUAGCAACAGAUCUCGGACCUGGGUCGUAUUCAUUAGGGCAAACCGUAACAAAAUGUUUUGCAAUGGAAACCGAACAUGUUUCUUAUAGAACAUGUUUUCUUAUAGUCCCUCCCUGUUUCAGUCCGUUUUCUUCCGUUUGGUGCCUAAUAAUGACAACCCAGAUCUCUCUCUGUCCCCUUGCUAAUCUUUAAUGUAAACUGAAUAUGAAAGGAGGCAACUUCCACCUACUGUAUACCAUAGCCUUACGAAGCAGUACUGUAGUGACAAACUAUACUUUACUUUUAACCUUGGUUUUGAACUCAAUUCUAAAACAUUCACUACAUACAUCAGGACAACGAUGCAGUGGAACAGGUACAUUUAGUUUGCACAUAGUAGUUUCUCACCAAUAAGUGUGGGUCGCUCUUAACCUAAAGGCAUUAAGUAGAAAUACAACUUUAGGAACACUGUCUGAGCAGAUAGAUGAUUUGGGUACAUUAGUGGGCACUUGUCCUCAGUCUAAAUAUGUAAACAUUAUCUAACCCUCUCUGAUAGGGCACCAGGGUAGAGAUCUCGGCUAAAAACCUCAAAGUGAUGGACCAGAUGCCACCCGCAGCCCCAAGGUACAGAUAAUAGGAAUCAGUUCACUCUUAUUUACAAAGUAGUUUGAAAGUACUAACCAGGUUCCAGAUCUGUUUGUGCUGUCGGAUUCGACAGCACAAACAGAUCUGGAAGCAGGCUACACUAAGACCAGAUCUUUUUAUUAAUGUAUUUUAUUUUAAGACCAUAUCUUAAAAUCAUUUCUUAUUUUUCCUCCUUCCCGCAGGCUCUUCAAGUUAUGUCUGCCACCCCAAGACGGAGAUCUA